GCCGUACGCUCUCCUAGGCUGAAAGCCGAACGGCCCCAGGGAGAAUAGACGCCCGCGGCGCGUUCGACGGAAUGGCGGUUGAAGCCUGAACCCGGUGGAACCGACGCCAGCCCGCCCGCCCGCCACCUGUUCGACGGAAUGCCCAAGAGGCGGCAGAAGCAUGGCGAGGAAGCCACCGGCGGGAGCGGCGAGGAUCUUAUCAGCGCCCUGCCCGACGCUAUCCUGCAGGUCGUGCUGUCGCUGCUGCCCUCGGACGAGACGGUGCGGACGUGCGUGCUCUCCCGGCGCUGGCGCCACCUCUGGAAGUCCACACCCGCAUUACGCAUCAUCCAGGGCAGCGUCAGGUACAGGCGUGCCCUGAAGCAGAACAACUUCGUGAACUACCUCCUGCUCUUCCGUGACCGCCUGCCCUUAGAUGAGUGUGAGAUCAGUUACCGUGACCGAUGUGGCAACGACGAAUACACUGAGAUAUUCCGGUUCUCUGGUAUGUGGAUCGACUACGCCUUGUCACUGUGUCAAGCUCGGGUGCUCAAAGUCUGCAUCCACAAUGUGGGCAUGCUCCUGAUGCGUGGCAACUCGGCGUUCGUCUCAAAGUUCCUCAGGAGGCUGGAGCUUGCUGGUGUGAUUUUGUGGCAACAUGCUAUAGACUUCUCAGGCUGCCCCAACCUGGAGGAUCUGAAUCUGCGCUCUUCCAGAAUCUAUGGCCCCAAGAUGUCAUCACAAUCAUUAAGACGUCUAAGCAUCACCGGAUGCACUUUAAAUGUGGAUGCCGGCUCCCGCAUGAGUAUUUCUGCCCCAUCUCUCGUAUCCUUGCAACUAGCUGAUGUUGUUGGAAGGGCUCCUUUGCUUGAGAGCAUGCCAUCAUUGGUAACAGCAUUUAUCAGGCUUGCUAACAGUUGUUUUGAUACCUGUACACAUGGAGCUUAUGGGGAUUGUGAUGAAUGUUCAGCCCAUGAUAAUUAUGGUGGCAGCAAUGACUGUGUCAUUCUCAAAGGCUUGUCAGGUGCCACCAGUUUAGAGUUGACGAGUAUCAAUCCUGAUAUGUUCGUUUUCAGAAAGGAUCUGAAGCAGUGCCCUACAUUUAGCAUGCUAAGGACAUUAUUACUGAAUGAGUGGUGUGUGGCGGCUGACUUCUGUGCACUAGUUUACUUUCUCCAGCACACGCCAGUUCUAGAGAAACUUAUUCUUCAACUUCGACUUGAUGAGUUACAGACACAGAAUUCCAUGACAGAAACAUAUGCAAGCUGUAACCCAACAGUACAGUUCUUGGUAUUGAAGCAUCUCAAGGUAGUUGAAAUCAGAUGUCAUAAGGAAGAUGAGGUGGUUCGCCAGAUUGUGAAAAUCUUGAGUACCUUUGGAGUAUCUUCUGAUCAAAUUGAUGUCCAAGUUAUCCAACAUACCUACUUUUCUCCAAGAUUCAGUUUCGAGCAGACAUAGAUCCCGGGGUGAUGAUGGACCUUCGAUCUCCUGAUCACUUGGAUAUGUGUGUAAAAAUAUGCAGCUAUGGGUUUGUACCUUAUGUUUAUCAGAUGCUCUGUCAGUCUCCUUUCUUUCAAUUCUGAGAGUAGCCGGGUGUCCAUGUUAGCUCAGAAUCAUUAUGCGGUAAAUCGGAUGUCGUGCUAUCA